AUGUCGCUGAUGGGACAUGUCAAGUAUUGGGCUGACAAGCUGGCCGUCGAGACGGAGCCAGGGCUGACUUCAGCCCAGCUCAUGCUGUAUAACCCCGAUCUUAAACCUGUCGAGAAGGGGCGCCGACUAUGGGGUGGCUGGAACUAUGUCGGGUUUUGGAUCGCCGACAGCGUCAACAUUGGCACCUGGAUGAUUUCGUCUUCCAUGAUUGCUGGCGGCCUGUCUUGGUGGCAGGCUUGGCUGUGCGUCUGGAUCGGCUACGCCAUCUCGUCCGUCUUCAUUGUCAUCAGUGGCCGGAUCGGCGCCAUCUACCAUCUCAGCUUCCCUGCCCUCAGCCGCGCCUCUUUCGGUGUCUGGGGUAGCUCAUGGCCCAUCUUCAAUCGCGCCGCGAUGUCAUGUGUUUGGUAUGGCGUCGUCGCGUACAUCGGCGGCCAAUGUGUGUACGUCAUGAUCCGCUCCAUCUGGACGUCGUGGGACGCCGCCAAGAUGCCUGGCUCGUUUGGCACGUCGGCGACCAACAUCCCCGAAUACGUCUCGUUCAUCAUAUUCUGGCUGGUGUCCCUCCCUGCGCUAUGGUUUCCGGUCCACAAGCUUCGACACCUGUUCACAGCCAAGGCCUUCAUCGCGCCGGCCGGCGCCACCGCGUUCCUCAUCUGGACGCUGGUUCGCGCCAAGGGCGCCGGUCCGAUCAUCACGCAGCCCAGCAGCCUCCAUGGCAACGACUUGGCCUGGGAAAUCGUCAAGGGCAUCAUGUCGUCGAUUGGCAACUUCGCCACCCUCAUUGCCAACGCGAGCGACUUUACGCGCUUCGCUCGCAAGCCUGCCCACGCUGCCUGGCCACAACUAAUCAUCAUCCCGACCUCCUUUGCCAUCACGUCUCUCUAUGGUAUCCUGGUAUCAUCUUCAUCUGCGGUUAUAUAUGGAGAAUACGUCUGGAAUCCCGUUCUCCUUCUUGGCAAGUUCAUCGACGACGGCAGUUCUGCCGACCGCUUUGGUGUUUUCAUGAUUGCAUUUACACUGGCAUUCGCUCAACUGGGCACCAACAUUUCCGCCAACUCCGUUUCCACAGGUACGAGCUUGGCAGCUCUUGUCCCCCGCUACAUUAGCAUUCGACGUGGCAGCUACAUUUGCGCUGUCGUCGGUUUGGCCAUGUGCCCGUACAACUUCAUCGGUUCCUCGAGCAAGUUCACCACCUACUUGUCAGCCUACAGCGUGUUCCUCAGCUCCAUCACCGGUGUCAUCGUGGCAGACUAUUACUUUGUGCGCAAGGGCUUCCUUUGCGUCAACGACCUGUACAACGCACGAAAGUCAGGCCCAUACUACUACACGUACGGCGUCAACUGGCGCGCCUACACUGCGUACGUUUGCGGCAUUCUCAUCAACGUCGUCGGCUUUGCGGGCGCGGUUGGAGCAACCGUUCCUCAGGGCGCAAUGUACAUUUUCCAGGUCAACUUCUUCACCGGCUUUGGAGUUUCGGUGGGCAUCUACUACACACUCUGCAAGCUGUUUCCUGUACCUGCGACCAGCAAGACUUGGAUGGAAGUCGGUGUCGAAGACGAGGAUUUCCGGCCGCAAUACCAAGACGACAAGGUACCCGAUGAGGAAAUGGGCAUUGAUGCAGCGGAAUUGGAGGUCAAGAACUCCAAGGCAACCACCUAA